AUGCGCCUUCUCAAGCGUCUCUCAGCAGGUGGCGGCUUCGAGCUGACAUCUUUCAGCGACGACCAUGUUCCUCCGUACGCUAUUCUCUCGCACACCUGGAAAGACGGCCAAGAAGUUACAUACAAUGAGCUGUUGGCGGGAACAGGCGUGGGCAAGCGCGGCUAUGCUAAGAUCCGCUUCUGCGGCGAGCGAGCUGCAGCAGACGGCCUCGAGUACUUCUGGGUUGACACCUGCUGCAUCGACAAGUCCAAGAGCGACGAGCUGAGCACAGCGAUCAACUCCAUGUUUCGCUGGUACCAGCGCGCAGUCAAGUGCUAUGUAUACCUGACAGACGUCCUAGUCCCAGAUGAGAUCGCCAAUGCCGAAGCCUUUCGCAUAUCGUGGCAGCAAGCUUUUCAGAGCAGCCGAUGGUUUACACGAGGCUGGACGCUGCAAGAGCUACUCGCGCCAGCUAGCGUCGAGUUCUUCUCCCAGGACGGCAAGCGGCUAGGCAGCAGGAUCUCGCUGGAGCAGGAGAUACACAGCAUUACUAACAUACCUAUCAAUGCGCUUAGAGGCCAAAGGCUUACCGAGUUCAGCGUCGAGGAGCGAACGGGCUGGGCGGCGAAACGUACAACAACGGUGAAAGAGGACAGAGUGUACUGUUUGCUGGGCAUCUUCGGGGUCUUCCUGCCGCUCAUAUAUGGUGAAGGAGAAGAGUAUGCGACGCUGCGUCUCAAAGAAGAGAUACAGAAGCGGCAGCAAGGACGGGAGAUUGUAGAUGUGCAAGACCUGUCCUUCUCGGUGUCGCUGCCUUUCCCACGAAACGAGCUCUUCGUCGGACGAGAGAGCCAGCUUCAGUCGAUCGAACGAGCCCUCCUUUCACCCAACACCCACCGACGGAUGACUAUAUAUGGAUUAGGAGGAUGUGGAAAAUCCGCGCUUGCUCUUGAGUUUGCGUACCGCGCACUUGCGGGACACGCUAGACGCUUAGUGUUCUGGGUGCCAGCUAUAAGUCCCGAAAGUUUCAGGCUUGCGUAUCGUGAGAUUGGAGUCCGUCUUCAUAUACCAGGGAUCAACGAUAAUAACGUAGACGCGAGUCGACUUGUUAAGGAGACGUUAAGCCUAGGAAAUGUAGGCGACUGGUUAAUGGUCGUUGAUAACGCCGAUGACUCUCAGGUCUUACUGGGAGUGGACGACGAAAGCCAUGAGUCCCCUCGAUUGAUCGACUAUAUUCCGCAUAGCAACAGAGGCGCAAUUCUUUUCACAACUCGCAGUAGGAAGGCGGCUACGGACUUGACUCAGGGUAAUGUCCUCGAGCUAAACGAUAUGGGCAAGGCCGAGGCCAGGCGGCUGCUGUCGCGACGAACGACGAGACAAGCGUUGCUGAACGAUGAGGCGGCGGUUGAUGUAUUGCUGGAGUCACUCGCAGGCCUGCCGCUUGCUAUCGUACAAGCUGCCGCUUUCAUGAACCAAAAUGAUACACCAGUCUCCGAGUACGUAUCACUACUCCAGCAUGCUGGCACGAAAGUCGAGCUCUUCAGCGAGCACUUUGAAGAUCCUAGCAGAUACCGUAGUAUGGAUAGCACGAUUGCAAAGACAUGGCACAUCUCUUUUGAGCAAAUUCGGAGACAAGACCCUCUUGCAGCAGAGUACCUCUCGUUUAUUGCAUGCAUCGAUCGUAUUAGCAUUCCUCUGUCGCUGUUGCUGCCGGGAGGAUCUGUUUUGCAGCAGACGAAAGCACUCGGAACGUUGACGGGAUACGCAUUCAUCACAGAACGCCAGCACAAUGUGCAAGGAUCUAGUAAAGAGAGGUUUUUUGACAUGCACCGACUAGUGCACAUGGCGUUGAUCUGGUGGCUGGAAGGCCAUGGCGAACGGGCGGACUGGGCAGGCACAGCAGCAGCUCGAGUUGAGGAACUAGUGCCCUACGGCGGGCAUGAAGGAAAAGAAGUAUGGAGCGCGUACCUCCCACAUGCAACGUACGUGGCUGGACUUGUUGAAGCUGUAGAUGGCGCGAUGGGUGCUUCGCUCCUAGAACGACUAGGUAGUUGUCAAGAGAGACUGGGGCAAUAUGUAUCAGCAGAGAUGUCGCAUCGAAAAGCAUCAUCCUUGAGGAAGGAGGUGCUGGGGCCUGAGCAUCCCAAUACGCUGAUAAGCAUGAGCAACUUGGCGGUAGUGCUGGACAGCCAGGGCAAGUACGAAGAGGCCGAGGCGAUGAACCGGCAGACGCUGGCGCAAUAUGAGAAGGUGCUGGGGCUUGAUCAUCCCUCUACGCUGACAAGCAUGAGCAACUUGGCGUUAGUGCUUAAUAGGCAGGGCAAGUACGAAGAGGCCGAGGCGAUGAACCGACAGACGCUGGCGCAAUAUGAGAAGGUGUUGGGGCCUGAGCAUCCCGAUACGCUGACAAGCAUGAGCAACUUGGCGGGAGUGCUUAAUAAGCAGGGCAAGUAUGAAGAGGCCGAGGUGAUGAACCGGCAGACGCUGGUGCGGAGAGAGAAGGUGCUGGGGCCUAAUCAUCCCGAUACGCUGACAAGCAUGAGCAACUUGGCGGUAGUGCUGGACAGGCAGGGCAAGUACGAAGAGGCCGAGGCGAUGAACCGGCAGACGCUGGCGCGGAGAGAGAAGGUGCUAGGGCCUGAUCAUCCCGAUACGCUGACGAGCGUGUACUGCCUUGCUUAUCAUCUUUCGGAACAGCAUUGCAUCGAUGAGUCUUUACGUCUAUAUCAGAGGGCAUCCGCUGGGUAUAAUACCACCCUUGGAAAAUAUCAUCCAACGACUGUGGCGUGUCAACAAGAUUAUGCUAUGUUGUGCGCGUUACAAGAGCAGUAUCAGCUUGCCUAUUCUCCUACUACGCUAGACAGCGGUGCAGAAGAAACAUCUACGAGGAAGACAUCACGACUGUCACGCGGGCUAGCAAUGAUUGGAAUCAGGAGCUGGAAGCAUCAAAGAAGGUGA